CUCUCUCAUCCGCGUGCCAGUCAUGCCACGCCAUGUUCAAUCAACACCUAGGCCGUUUGCGGUGACGACAGUACUGGGUGUUGUCCCUCUGAUUACCCCACCACACUUCUGAUUGUAUCAAACCGUCAGUUUAUACAGGUUCAAACCUCCUAUCUUGCUUCAAAUUUUUUUCCCUCAUUGUUUAUUUGGGGUGUCAAUUUGCUGGGCCUGAAAUUGCGAGUUUGACCACAUAGCAGACAAUUUUAACCAUUAAGCAAGAGAGCACAGCUUACAAACAUUACCAUACCACAAAAAUGACAGCGCCAAGCUCAAUUGCUCCUAUCCUUAUCAUCGGAGCAGGCAUCAGCGGUUUGACUCUCGCCCAGGCUCUGCGCAAGAACAAUAUUCCCUUUGAGAUAUUUGAGCGUGAUGCGUCGCCCGAGUCGCGCGGGACAGGGUGGGGUCUCACUAUCCACUGGGCACUCCAGGACUUUUACGAACUCCUGCCACAACAAGUAGUCGAUCGCUUGCCAGAGACGUAUGUCAAUCGGGCAGCCGUCGAGAGGGGCGAAAAUGGCAACUUUAUGUUUUUCGAUCUCAGCAAUGGCGAAGAAAAAUGCCGGGUCCCGCCAAAUAAGAGGAUUCGGGUAAGCAGAGAAAAGCUGCGAAAGGUGCUCAUGGAUGGAGUGGAUGUGAAGUGGUCAAAGAAACUGGCCGACAUCAACAUCGGACCUGAUUCCGUAACGGCCAGCUUCGAUGAUGGAACGAGCUACAAAGGCAGUAUGCUCGUGGGCUGCGACGGAUCACGAUCUCGAGUACGCCAAAACAUAUAUCCCACAGACUACACCAACUACAUGCUUCCGAUCCGCAUGUUGGGUAUUAAAGUGAAAUAUCCCGAGGCAAAAGUCAAAGACAUCAUGGCGUUGGAUCCGUAUUUUCUCUCUGGCAGUGAUCCCCGGACAGAUUUUUAUCUCUGGUUCAGCUUCCUCGAAACGCCUUCAGACGCUCAGAAUGGCACAGACGAGUAUAUAUGCCAGAUAAUGGUCUCCUGGCCCUUCCGUCCCGGCUUCUACGGCUUCCCUGACCCCCUCGAAGUGCCCAAGGACCCAUCAGAGCGUCUGGCGCUGAUUAAGAAACUUGUGGAUCCGUGGAAGGAACCGUUCCGGUCAAUCAUCCAGGAUCUGCCAGAUGACACUGAGCCAGCCAUUGUCAAUCUGCAGGAUUGGAUCCUGCCUGCAAUCGACCAGGGCAAGGGACGCGUCACGCUCAUUGGCGAUGCUGCCCAUCCAAUGACCAUGUACCGAGGCGAGGCCGCCAACCACGCCAUUGCCGACAUUAUGCACCUCCUUACGGCUCUCAAAGAACACUCUCCACGGACUUUUACUCUCCCUACUACUCCCAACACCCAUCACACCUCCAACUCCACCGCCACCGCCACCGCCACCACGAAUGGGGUUUCUCCAUCCUCGUCGCGGGCGCCAUCAGACGUCGACACCGCCGCCAUCCACGAGACUAUAAAAGCCUACGAAACGGAAAUGGCGUCCCGGGGCCGCACCGCGGUGCUGUAUUCUCGCCAGGCAUGUCUGGAUGCGCAUGAGUGGGACCGUAUCGGGAGCGAGAGUCCCCUGCUUGCGCGGCGAGUCAUGAAGCCGAUUCCGCUGGAAACGGCGCAGAAGCGUUAAUCUUCCUUUUCUAAUUCUUUCUUUCUCUUCCUCAUCAUCGUCUUCUCCUUCUUUUUCUUGUCCUUUUUGUGUUUCGUGUUUUUGUGUUUUCGGACUGCCCUCGAACUCGACGGCAUGUAUAUAAUAUAUUUGUUGGACGUUCCCGAGAUGCUCAUUAGACGUUAGAAGUGAAAUGGGUAUACGUCAUGCACUGUGUAUGUACUCUACUGCUACAUUAUACUCACGAUAGAAUACCGGUACGAUACGAUAUGAGACGAACGAUACAAUACAAUAGUCACAUACGAUACUCAACUCAACGUACCUAGUGAGCGUAUAGAUGAAGACGGUGGAGGGAAGAGCGUGAAGAGGAUGGCGGAGUGCAGAAAGAGAAGAGAAGUUUGCUGGGAAGAGAGCAAGUGGAUACCCA